UUGAUUGGCAGUGAGGAUGAACCAGGAUCUGAAAUGAUAAGAGAAUUACUGACAAGUUCAGUGUGCCAAAUAGUUCCGACUCGCUCACAGUCAACACAGGCCAUGGCUCCGUCACAAGUUUCUGGUAUGAAGAUGAGGAAUCUUCUUUUUGGAGUUAUUCUUGGACUUCUUGCUGUUGUCUACUCAACACCUGUUAAUACUGUGACCCAGAUCUCCGCCAUAGCUGAGGAUGAAAUUAUCAGAGAGGCCGUGACGGACGGGUUCCUCGUGGAAAACUUUUUCCUCCCUUCACUCACAACUGAAUCGUCCAAAAUAAACACGACCAUUCAAGCAACUCAGCAGUCAACCUCCAACUCCAAAGAGAGUGACAUGACUGAGGACAGUGCUAUGGGGGUGACCAACUACAAGUCCACGACCUCUGGGUCCCUCGAUUUGGCAACCACAACUCUGAGUGUUUCACAUGCUCACAGCUCUACCUCCACAGUCUUGCCAUUAAGGGACACCAAUUCAGAUUCAACCACCACCCAAAGCCCUCAGUCUAGCUUUAGCUCUUCAUCAGUGCCAAAUGAAGUCGAGUCAAGCAUCACUCCAGACCACAUCUCACUUUCUCAAACUACUAAUCACCCUGUCUUCAGCUUUGACUCCCUGAGCACCCAGAGUUCUGAAUCGGGGUCUGGAGAUAGAGAGAUGUUUGGCCCGUCCUCUUCUACAAUCCCCAGUAUGACCACCAGCUCCAACACAAAAACUAGCUCUGAAUCAUCAACCUUCACGACUGCUUUUAUCACACAAAAGGCUCCAGGAAUGUUUGGAGGAAGCGAAGGAUCAGGAUUCGACGAAUUGUCUGGAUCAGGAAUGGAGACCCUACUAGUGCCAACCACUACUACAAUGGCAAAAAAGCUAAGAAAGUUGGAUUUGGAAAGUUUCAAUCCUGUUCAACAACUAGUGGAACAACCUGCCACUGCAGGACAACUGAACAAAGGACACCAUACACCAGGCUGGAUCAUCAUCGUUGGUUUUAUUGUUGGGCUGGCAGCACUGGUAAUGCUCUUCGUUGCCAUCGCUACCAGAGACAAGUGGAACGGACCAAGCCAGUCAUCCCAGUUAGAGACCAAAACUAACUUCUUGAACCAGCAGAGGGAGGUAGAGAUGGAGACAUUCCUGCACAAAGACAAGCCCAGGGAGAAUGGAAAGGCGGAAGAGUACACAGUCAUCCCCCUGGACGAGCUUCCAGAGAAACAUUCAUCACAGUGAGGUUCAGACACAGACUCUCACGAGGUUUGAGACUCAUCACAGAACCAUAAGACUGUGUUUGAAGCAGAUGGAUUUGAUCAGAGGAAGAAAACUGUCAGGGCUUUUGAGCGAAAAGGUUUCUGUGAACUUUCACAAAUCUGAGCCCAGUCUGAACCACAAUCAUAGACUGGCUUUUCCUGCUGACUAGGAAAAACUCUACUUGUACCUUUACUUUGAAAAUACAGCAAUACUUGUGUUGGUGCAUUUAUUGCCAUUGUGUUAACUGAAGAAUACUGUUUGAUUCAUAAAUGCCAUUUAUUUCAAAAAAUGACUUUACAGUGUUUUAUUUCCAGUUUUUUUGUAAAUAAUUAAUGUUUUUUUUUUUUAUAUCUCACAGGUCUGUUAGUGGACAUAAGAACAUUAUUCUGUGAAAAAGUGUCUUUGUUUUAAUAUUGCUUUCUUUGUAAUAACGUUAUGUUGUGGAUUGUAAUUUAUAUUAAGCUGCUCUGUUGUUUCAUUAAAGAUGCUCUGAGUACU